GCUGAAACUUGUUUUAUAAGAUCGAUUCUACCAAGUGUGAGGAGGACGCCUCCCGCUUCUUUUUCGGUUUUCAGUCAAAUAUCGCGCCAGCGCCAAACCCCUCAUUCUCUCUUUUCAAAACCAGAUCUGUUGGUGUUGCCCUAGAAUCUUCAAGCUUCACGCGUUCUAAGCUUUCGGCCUCGGACAGUCAUACGGUACGGAUGUUCGGAAGAGUGAGACCACCAUCUUCGUCUCCAGACACCUUAGGAAGUCCUCCUUCCAAGAUCCUUAAAAAUGACCCGCUCUCCGUAUACGAGUCUACACUUAUGAAGCUUAAAAUGGGUUCUCAGCGUGACAUAAGUCCACAACCCGAGACUGUGGUAGAUCUGGAUAUUAAUGGUGCUUCUGCCAGUGUUUCUGAAUGUUCUUUCAGUUCAUCUUCAGAAGAUACAAUGAAGACACAGGGAGAUUGCUCUUCUGCAUGCCUAUUGAAGUGUUCUUUACAUGUCUCACAGAGCGAGGAGGUGAUCAUGAUGGAUACAGAUUGCUCUUCUGAAAGUUUUCCAUCGAGUUCUAGCUCUAGUGAUUGUCAAUCUACAGACGGCACCAACAGACGGAACAGAAAUAUGUCAGUUAUUUACAUGUUCUCAAAAUUUAAGAAUGCUCAGCAUGCACUCAACUUAUCGCCUGAACCAAUGGCGCUAGAGACGACUGAAGGUUCUUCUACAAGUCUUGCUUCACGUUUUGCUGACUUGAGGAGCACCCAGGAGCAGCCUGAACAGGAAUAGAGAAAAUGCUGAUAAGUGGGUAGUGCGCAGUUUAAGAGUGCGCUUGUGGGAGGAGGCGUAGGAUAAGAAUCGACUUCUCUCUGUUGAAGAGCAAACAGCUGAUGACGCUGAAACAAGAGAGGCACUCGCUCUUCCAGACACGCCUACAGCUUCCAUCUCCCUCCCUCUCUCUCUACCCGUCCCUCUCUCCACAGGUCAGUGACUAAAAAAGUUUCUUUCAUAGUGAAGUUACACACAAAUAUCCCUUCAUGUUUCUGCCCUAUUGAUUCUGUUUUGUUUGUUUGCACGCUCCUUUAUUAAUUAUUAUUUUGGGUUC